AUGUAUUCACAGCAUCAUUACAAUCAUGAUAAUCUAUCACGUGAGAACGCCCAUGCACAUCCACUCGGAAGACCUGCAUCUAUGCCAUCGCUCUAUCCACCAUCAUCAUCCAACGGCAAUUAUAAAGUAGUAAAUGAGGACUUGAUUCAGCAACGAUCAAGCUUGGAUGGCCAUGGCCCAUACUCUAAUCAUGCUGCUGGUGCUGCAACAGGCGCAAGUCAUAGCUGGGCUACACCAAACAGUAAUAAUAGCAGUGGUUGGAAUCACAAUCCUCAUCACGACAAUAACAUUGGAGGUAGCACUCAUCAUGGUAGCAAUAGUACCACUGUUACUUCACCCCCUCCUCCUCUUUCAACCAUGAUGCAUACAAAUCAUGCGGAUAACAAUACUGCUUCUUCUUCUUCUUCUACUGCUACUACAACAGCAGCUACCACAUCACCUACUCAUCAUAUUAAAUCAAACAUGGAUUUGCCCUCUAUUGAUAAACACUACUCCAACUCGCCCAGUGCCAACUUGAUGUCUGCUUACAACAGCUCACCCAAUUACUUUGUCUCGCCUACUACCGCCAAUACAGUCUACAAUAGUCCUCAUCUCUCUCACCACCACCAUCAUCCCCCUUCUGCCUCGUCUCUCUCCUCUGCUUCGCACCACCAACAGCAAUAUCAGCAGCAACAAAGCAACACUUACUCGGCUUAUGGUAUGACUUCCAGCAUGCCAAGCCAAGCUCGUCAUAGUCUGGCUGCUCGGCCCAAACUUACCACCACCUUAUGGGAAGAUGAAGGCACCAUUUGCUACCAAGUCGAUGCCAACGGUAUUUGUGUCGCCAGACGUCAAGACAAUGAUAUGAUCAAUGGCACCAAACUACUCAAUGUUGCUGGCAUGUCUCGUGGCAAGCGUGAUGGCAUACUGAAGAACGAAAAGGGUCGUGUGGUUGUCAAAGUAGGAGCCAUGCACUUGAAGGGUGUUUGGAUCACUUUUGUAAGAGCCAAACUGUUGGCUGCUCAGUACAAGAUUCAAGAGAUACUGUAUCCUUUGUUUGUGGAAGAUCCAAGCGUCUUUUUGUAUGCAACUGCUUUACAUAAUUCCAUCAAUACAAGCAGAAUGAACGGCUUGAAUGGCUACAGAACACAGCAGUAUGGUAAUUUCAAUUCGUCAUCAUCUCCAUCCAGUGCUGCUACAGGUGCUACACCCAACGCUUCUAGUAUCAACCCCACAUCAUCAACCAACUGGGAUCGCCAUAAUAACGAAAGCAAUACUUCGAGCUAUCGAAAUGCAGGAUUUCAUGGUUCAAUGAUGAAUCAUCCUAGUGACGCUAUGUUUAUACUGUCUUCUCAAGUAGAAUACAACAGCAACAGCAAUCACAACGGUCAUAGUAACAGACAAUCCAUUGGCGGCCUCGUGGGCGGGUACAAUAACAAUGCUGGCUCCAAUGGGCCAUAUUCCGUCUAUCAACAGCAUCAAGACAAGCCCUCUCAAACUGGAUCGAAUAAUCGCAUGUACUUUUCAGAUGAACUGCUUGAUGAUGGAGGAGGAAAGCAGAACCACGACUGUUCACUCUACGGACAUAAAUCAAUGCUACCUGGCACCCUCUCGUCUCCUACAUCGUCUGAAGCUGGUAAUAAGGCAUCUGCGUUUCAUCUACCACCUUCACGUGGCAGUGGUGAAUACGAUAGCAAUGCGACCACUACCGCUACAUCUUCAUCUACCACAUCGACGCCGACAUCUGCUGAGCGUAGACAAAGUGUGAUCAUGGCAACACCCAGAGUAGCUAGUCCUCGACAUCAUCCGUACAUGUCACCUGGAAAAGUGUACACGCCAAGCAUCAUGUCGUCUCUACAAUCUUAUCGCCAAUCCUCUCUGGACGAAGAUCGUAAAGACGGUGACCUGGACAGCCAGCAACAGCACAGCAUGGCUGCUGUUGCUGUUGCUGCUGAUAUCAAUCGACACCCAUGGUAA